AUGGAGAAUCUCAAGAAUAAGAAUCUCAUAAAAUACCGACCAGUGUCUGGCCGAAAGGAAAAAUUAGACAUACGAAUUCGUUUUAGCGUUGUGGCUGUACUGGACGUUGAUGAAGUUAAACAGACUUUUUCUUUCAUGGGAAGUUUCAUGAUAGACUGGUAUGAUGCAGACAUAAAGUGGAAUGCAUCAGAAUUCGGAAAUAUCAAUUCCAUAGAAGUUGAUCAGAAGCUUGUGUGGAAACCUAAUAUUAUGUUAGCAAACAGCGUGGAUCGGAUAUACUUUUUUGAUGGACAUUAUGACAUUACAAUCCAUCAUACAGGGAACAUCAACGCUUUGAAAACCGACAUAUUUCAUACAACCUGUCCUAUAGAUAUAUUUAAAUACCCAUUCGAUAGCCAACGGUGUGGAGUGCAAAUUGUGGAAUAUAAUAAUAAGAUUUUGUCUUUCCAUGCCAGUACAGUAAAUCUAGAUUUUCCUGAAAUAUUUUCAGUCAAGAAUGAAUGGUACUUUGAUACAGAACAUGGGCUGGAAGCCCAGGUAAGGAACAUCAGCAUGGGCUUUUCAAACUCCAUAACAAUGCAUUUUCAGGUUGUCGAUUUUACGAUGACUAUUAAGCGAAAGAGUCUGUUUUACAUCGUUACGACACUGUUUCCCAUGUUCCUCUUAUCCUUACUGACGUGUUCAGUGUUCCUCAUCCCCGCGCUCUCUGGCGACAGGAUGUGUUACCUCAUAUCUAUAUUCGUAUCCUACUCCAUGUUCCUCAACUUCAUCAACGACUCGAUGCCCAGGACGUCACAGACUCUGUCCCUGUUUGAGAUGUACCUGGUGUUCGUCCUGUGUCACUGCUGUUCGGCGAUUUUCGUCACGCUGCUGGUUCUGCGGGUCAACAACAGAACAUCAAAGUCGCUCCGUCAAAUCGACGAACAGUCGAUGCUUUUAAUGCUCAACACGAUUCUGAAACAGGAUGUGUCUAAGAGUAACGAUGACUCCAGCGUUGAUCCAAUAAGAAAACGAAAAAGAACCAGUGCUAUUCGAAUCUCGACACAAUUUUCUGUUUUAUUUUCUUGA